AUGGGCCACCAGCCCCGCUCACAAGUAUGCACGCACCUGUCUUUCAAUAUCGCCAAAGGCAAGACGCGGCGCGUGGUGACCAAGCGCGAGGUGCCACUGGGCACCCUGCUCUUCGUGUCCGAGCCCAUCGGCACCGUGGCGCGCAGCGACCCGGGGCAAGCUCUGCUGCCGAUGCAUCUCAUCGACCACCUGCGUGGCCAGCGCCUCAGCGAGGCGGACAGGUACAAGCUGGCGGUGCUGUAUGAUGGGACGCCCGCGAGCCAGCAGCGCCAGACCAGCUUCAAGGAUUUCGAGUUUGCUACAGCCACCACAAAGGCGUGGAAAUCCAGGGCCGCCGCAAAGGGCUUCGGCGGCGGCGCCACAGGCAGCAAGCAGCCGCAGGGCCAGCAGCCGGCGGCGGGGGCGGCGGGGGCGCAGCAGCAGCAGCGGGUGAGCGUCGAGAUGACGCAGGGGCGCUUCGAGUCCAUCGUCAACUACAAUGCGUGGGGGUCUGAGAUCUCUGACAUUGGCGCCGCGCCGGCGCGGGGCGAGAAGUUCAGCAGCUUCGUAGGCAUCUGGCCCGAGUUCUCCCUCCUCAACCACAGCUGCAUCCCCAACACCACGGCCACCCUCAUCGGCGACCGCCUGGUCGUGCGCGCCGCCAGCCUCCUCCCAAAGGAGGCGCAGCUCACCACAAACUACCUCGACACCAAGUGCGGCGUGCCGCUGAGCGAGCGGCGGCGCGCGCUGCAGGUCUCGUACGCGUUCCGCUGCGGCUGCGCGCGCUGCAAGCUGGAGGAGAAGCUGCCGGAGGAGCUGCAGCAGAAGCUGGAGUCCCUCCACCAGUUGUCUCUUGAAGGCGGCGUCUUUGACGGCCUCGUCGCCGCCGCAGACGCAAAGGACGCCGCCGCGCUGAGCGCCAUCGCCGCGCGCGCGACCGCCGAGGUCGAGCCUUUCGAGGCCGCGCUCGGGGCGGCGGGCCUGCAGGCCGGCACCUUGGACCGCGCCGCGGUGUGCGCAGGGGCGGCCGCCUUCUUCAUGGCCCUGCAGCGCGCCAAGAUGCUGGCCGCCUCGGCCGCGGAGGCGUCCGGCGGCUCUGAUGCGGGCGCCGCGGGCGGCGAGGGGGCCCCGCGGGUCGACCCCAUUGACCUGUUUGACCUGGUGGAGCUCCUGAGGGUGUACCAGCCCGGGGGUGCGGCGGUGCUGGCGACGGCGGCGGACGCGCUCAGCUACACGGCGGCGCGGCACGGCCCUGGGUCAGAGCAGGCCAAGGCGGCGCUGCAGCUGUUCUUGAAGGUGCGAGUGCGCGUGCUGGAGUGCACUCAUGCGUUCGUGCAUGUUUGA